AUGACGUAUAACAGUAGCGACGUUAAAAUGGCAGCAUUAGCGUCCUUCAUUCUCAGGACCGGAUCAGGUCUGUUUGUUUCCAGUCCAGCUUGCGUGUUGAACUCAGUGAGGUUUGCGUCGAAGAAGUCCAGUGGAAGCUCCAGAAACCUUGGAGGGAAAAGCCCUGGCCGGAGAUUUGGCUACAAGAAAUGCGAUGGUAACUUUGUCCACCUUGGGAACACCCUGGCAACACAGAGGCAAUUGAGAUAUCACCCUGGAGCACAUGUGGGUUUGGGCCGCAACAACACUCUGUUUGCUUUGGCAGACGGUCAUGUCAGGUACACCAAGGAGGUCUACAUCCCCCGACCACGCAACCCAGAGGUCUACAAUGUCAUCAUUAAUCUGCCCAGAGGAACCGUGCUCUACAAGACCUUCAUCAACGUGGUGCCCGUCAAACAGGAGAACAAAUUCAGACUGGUGGAGCUCGUCUGAAGGAUCAUCUGGUCAAAAACCAAAGACCACUGCUGUCUGGAGACAGACUCAGUCAGACCUCCUGACUCUGGACCUGAUUUACUGACUAGUUCAGUUCUAAUGUUCUCCUAACAUCACGAACAAAGCCCAUCUUCAGUCAGAGCUUAAAUUCAGUUGUGUUGCAGUCGAGUUAAAUUCUCUUUCAUGUUGGCAGUUUAAGGUCGUUCUAAUAAAUGUCGAGAGGAAAAUGUGCAGAAAGGAUGUCUGCUUCACAUUAAAGGUCCCAUCAUAUUAAACUCAGCUUGUUCUCUG